AUGUACCGCUCGCUCGAAGGUUUUAUAGAGGAAACAGAGAAGGGAGACAGAAUGCAAUUCCCAACACAACUCAGGAGAACUGAUGCCGAGCUCCCCGAUCCCUGGCACUCGAGAGCGGAUUUCAGACAGCAAACGGGCGGCCUCUUGAGGACCAAGGGCAGCCCUGCAGGUCGCACUGCGCUCAUUUGGCGCCUGGCCGGGAACACAUACUAUGACGAGUUUUGCAAGUCAGUCCGUGUCCUUUUUGGGUAUGAAGUCAGAAGUCAGGAUCUCAAAUCUGUAUUUAAGAAGUUCAACUCAAACCCAGAGGCACCGCUAGACUGGAGUGAAUUGUUUGGACACUAUGAGAUAUCAGAUGAGAAUGCCAGUUCUGAGCCGGAUGAAGAAAAUACUGUUUUCCUCAUCUCAAAAAGGAAAAUUAUUGCAAGAGCAACCGGUGACAAAAAGAGGCGAGAUCAAAUUCAUUCUGUUGUGAAGGUGUCAGACCUAGAUUUGGUGGUAACAGCGUCUCAGAAGGGACAAAUUUCAAUCUACAACAACAAGAUGCUGCUGCACACACGUACCAAUAUUCCUGAAGCUCUGUGGGUUACUGGAUGCGACUAUCUUGCGAAUUUGAAGCGUGUUGUUAUUGUGAUGGAUAGAAGCAUUGGCAUUUGGGAUUAUAGACAACAAAAACAGUGCCAGGCAAACCUUUUUACCAUAAAACCACUGGACAACCCCCUUCUUUGUGUUUGCACCGUGACUCCCUCCGAGCAUCUUCUUUCAGAUUCCAUUCUUAUCGGUGACAACGCCGGGUUCGUAAACCUGGUCACUAUAUCAAACAGUGAUUUAAGCUCCAAAAAAUCCGAAGAGAAAGGCCAAGCACAGACGCUGAACCACAUAGGACUGAGACACCCUGUUGUAAGAAGAAAGCUGCAUAAUGACUGGGUACUUAAAGUAGCUUUUUUCCCUGAGCUCAAUGCCUUUGGGUCCUGUUCUCUUGACAGUGAUCAUUCAUUCGUCCUGGAAGAACUGCAACGACUGGAAGACAAUCAAGAAGUGAGGGAGAUCUCAGUCCCAAGAGGAGUGAAUACUUUUGCCUACUGUGUCAAAGCUAAUCUCAUUGCUACAGGGGGGUCUGAUAAAAUUAUCCGGGUUUGGCACCCAACCAUGUUCAGUAAGCCGAUGGGAAAGCUUUUUGGCCACUUGUUCACGAUCACCCACAUUGCUGCAAAUGAAAAGGACCAGCACAUCAUUAGCCUUUGCAGUGCCAGGAUUUUUAGGGUGUGGGAUAUACAGACACUAACCCCACUGCAAGUGUUCACAGAUAACCAACAGGGAGAAAAAGACAGUCGCAUACACGCCAUGGUCUUUGAUGGCAAUCUUGGUCAACUCAUAACUGGUUCAGGUGUGCUGGAUGUUUGGCCCCUCCAGCGCACUGUACAGGACACCGUGCAAUUACCUAUCACUCACAACAUGGCUGUCAACGUGCUGGUGUAUAACACAGCUCUGAAACAGGCCCUGACUAUCUGUUCCAAGUCGCUUGUUAAAGUAUGGGAACUGGAAACCGGAGAUCAGGUUUAUCAGAUUGCUAAUGCCCACGGGCCACAUGUUGAGCUGACAGCAGCUGCAGUGGAUUCGGCUGGGUUUCAUCUGGUAACAGGGGGGGUUGAUGGUUCGCUAAAGGUUUGGGACUUUGAGAGUGGGCAGGACUUGAAGUGGAAGGCUCCAGAGGCAGAGCACAAGGAGGGGGAUCAGAGCUUAGUCAAGCUGGUCUAUCUUAGUUCAGGAGAUGAACGCUCCAUCCUCACUCUGCAUGGCAACGGAGCAAUCCAAAUCCUUCAGGUUUUGUAUGUUGCUUGCUUUGACUUUUUUGCUUUUAAAUAUAAGGAUUCAGAUAGGUUUUCUGACCUUAAACUGGUCCAGGUGUUUCCUACAGUGCAGUGUGGUCUGCAGAUUGAUUCUCUGCUGCAAAGCCCUGCAAAGAUCAGUGCUCUCUGCACUCAACCACUCAAUCAGCCGUUGCCUGACAUAGGCUGCUCCCCAAGAGUGAGUCCUCUAUCUGCAGGAGAACUGACCUGUCUUGAUGUGUUAUACCAAGAUGGAAAUCACUUAGUAGUGACUGGAAGCACCAAUGGAACAAUUGUCCUCUGGGACUAUGAUUCAGCCACUGUCAAACACCUGUAUACAGAAGACCAAAUUCUUCAUCCUGCCGAUCAGCAAACAUGGCAUUAUAAUUUUGACAGGGUAAAUGCUGUUCUGUUCUUGGUAUGCAAAAGAACAAAGUUGAGUUCUGAAAUGCACAAUAAGCAAUGUGAGAAUGCGGCCAAAAUGAUGGAAACUGAUUGGUUGGCCAAUUGGCUAAUCAAUUUUUCAAUUGAAUUAAUAGAGGCUGCACAAAGCAGUUGGCUGCAGGAACAGGUGAUGCGAGGUAAUCUGUAUUUGGCAUCGAGACAAGGGAGACUAGUGGAAUGGAAACGAAAUGAAAGCUACCGAGUGGUCCAAGAGGAUGUAGCAGAUGGUGAUAUAACACUCAACGAAAAAACAAAGGUAAAUUGCACACCUGAACAAAAUGAUGCAGGAUCACUCUCUGCACAGCAAACUGAUGAAAUGCAGCCUGACGGUAUUGAUGUAGGUGACACUGAAUUCAACACCUGUGCUUCUGCUUCCAUCAAAAAGCCAUGUGUUUUUGUCUCGGCCCAUCAAAACUGCGACAUUUAUUUCUGGAAUACAGAGGGACAAUUUAUGAAGAAGGUUCUGCCAGCCACCAGAGGAUCUAUUGUUCCCUUAACUGCAAUGUGUGUCAAUUUGGAUGCCGACUUACUUCUGGCAAGCAAUCAAAAGGGAUACAUAAUCCUGUGGGACAUUAUAGAAGUUUCAAAGAGAAAUCAGGAGGUGGUGAGACAGCGUCUCUCUUGGCGAGCCCACUCUUCACCAGUUACCAGCAUUUUCUAUGUGGACAGCCAAUCUGUGGUCCUGUCAGCCUCUACAGACGGAUCUGUCAGGGUUUGGUAUGCUCCGAAAGGUCAUUAUAUUGGAUACUUUGGCCAGCAUAGAGUGUGGCAGUUAAGAAAGCCUCUUGAGUUUACUUUGCCUUGUGAUGUCAGUCAACAUCCACUGGAAGUCAAAACCAGGGGGAAAUCCCUGGUUAAGAAGAAACAGCAGGAGUAUGUUUACCCCCUGAUUCUGAACUGGGAAAGGCCAGUGUACAAAAAGAAGCAGCAGAUUUCUAAGCCACAAGUUGCAGACAAGGAUGUAAAAUUCUUUAAACACCUGGCUUUACCAAAGUUGCAUUCUUUGAAGAAAAGUAAUUUGGAAAUGUACACUUCAGGGGAUGGAGAGGCAGGGGGAAUUUUCAAGUCUCUUCCUGUGUACAGGAUAAGAAGUCCUGCGCAAGUAUUACCGAUCCCAUACCUGUUUGUGGAAAGCAGUCAAGAUUCAAAGCAGAGUCUUUCAACUGGAAAAACGAAAUGUCCUAAGGAAAUGAGACGUGCCACAGUCUGCAUCCCUACAAAAUAUUCUGCAAGAAGUGGCAACAAACUAAGGAUCUGCCUUUCUGAAAAACCAGGAGCCCCCGAUACUCAUCUUUGAUUCACGCAGCACAAUGCAUGCCAAGGAUAAUAACAGUAGCAUCUGUAGCAUGUUCUGAUAAAACCUGACAAAGUCUGUGGGUUAAUGUGAGAUUUCUUAGGAACCCAAGUGCUUGUUCCUACAUACUAAUUCUGGUAUGAGGCUAGUACAGUAGUGUCGGAGGCUGUACAGUAUGGUAAAAGUUUGGUUGCUCAUGCUGUCGAUGAUUACCUACUGAAUUACCUGCUUUUCAGGCCAUACUCAUAAAUGGCACCUAGGACCUUGCAGGGGGUUGCUUUCAUCAGUCUACUCUGGCUUUUUAACAGGCCAUGAGGCCUUGUUAGACGAUUGAACUUCAAACCUGGUAAAGUAACAUCCGCGGUGCCCAAACUCUUCAAGACCAUCAGAAGUGGAUUUAAUUUCUGCUUCAAAAAGGUCACUAUUAGACUUGAAUCCAUAUAGAAGUAGUGCAAAACAAAUUCACAGUGAGCUAUUGAAUAGGAACUUCUUCUAUCGUAGAUGGUUGCACUAGCACCCUCUUUUGUCAGACUCUUGUGUGCUUUUAAAUUCAGUAAGUCUGUGGGUAUGGAAUGUAUUUAUAAACUAAACAUACUGUAGCUAAUGAAUAAGUGAUGUGACAAGAAUUAAAAAAUAUGAAAACACUACUGAUUUGAGAUACAAAUGUAAUUAUUAAUCAUGUGUUACUGUUGGCUUUCAAUCGUGUUUGAUAAAAAGAGCUGUCAUAGUAGUUUAAUUAAAUUGCAGACACUGUCACUCAAGAUUGCUAUGCUUCCUCAGAUAAAUGGUGGAGGAUGUCUGAGGUUUUGUUCUGUCAUGUGCUGCACUGCAUUACAAUUGCCUAUUGACUGAAUGAAUAUUUAGCCAGCAGCUUUGUUGAUAAGUAUGUUUUUUAAUUGUAAAGUUUAUAUGGAGUUUAGUCAUUGAGCAGCAGGUAAAUAUUGUCUAGUAAACAUUUUGAAGAAUGAACUGACCACCUUCUUUAUGGUACCACAGUUACUCCUAUAAAUGAAUCCUACUGGGAUUCUUUCACUCUGCAUGCCUCCAUGUUUAAUUGGUUUAGGGUUUGGAUUUGCAAUUAUGGGUGAAACUAGUCAGUUCUUGUAUUGAAGUAGCAGCAAGUAUAUACUCUGGCCUCCCCCCAAAAACACCAGAUUGUACUUAGGGUGCUGAAGGUCAUCCAUUUUAAUGAAAUUCCCAAAAGAUAACAUAAGAAGAACAGGUUCCCGGUUCUGAGUAGCUGAUUGUUCUCAGAACCUUGUCAAGUUGGGUCUUAAAGGAUUCAAGUGAUUCUGCCUCAAUAACAUGACUAGGCAUCCCAUUCCAUACCCUCACCACUCUCUGUGUGAAGAAAUGUUUCCUUCCCUCUAUCCUGUCUUCCUGUACUCCACUUAAUUAUGAGGCAUCUUAGAUCGACAAAUAAAAAAACAAAAUCUGCUUACAUUGAAUCUGACCAAAUUACAUUCUGCUCUCCAAGAUGAAUGGGAUAAAAUCACCACAGCUGUGUCUCAGUGGCAAAUCCAGGGUGGUUCGGAUUACCACUUGUGGUCACACAAAAUAUUAUAUGUGUAGUAUAUGCAUUUGUUUUAUAAUACCUCCAAAUGAAUGCACAAAAAAAAAUAUAAAAAGUGAAUAUACAGCUAUAAAUACUACAACUACUACUUCUAAUAAUACUGUAACAUUUACAUUACAAAUGAAAUAAUUCACCUUGCCAGACCACAGCAUUACUGUGUCUGUAACUGCUGUGUAACAAAGGUUAAUGCACAGUAUGUUUAUCACAGAUGUUAAAAUCCUUUGUGUUGACAGUUCAUGAGGCUGUUUGCAGAGCUGAAAUCUUCCUUAUUGCAGGGUAUGACACAUUGAUUCUGCUAAAUGACGAUACUUAGCUUCACACAUUUCCUGCUCCCAAUUGUGACACAACAGUCCUAGCAACUUAAAGACCUUCUUAACCAUGAAUUCCAUUAAAGGUUUGAAAGUCCAGCUUGCAGCCUUACGGAACAGGCAUACACUAGUUGGAUCAUAAACUGGACACACCUGCUGUAUGUAGAACACACUUUUGGGCUGUCCCUCUGAUAGCUAACAAUUUGUUUGGGAAAAUGGCAUCCUGGGAAUGCAUUCUUUAAUACUGUACAUAAAAAUAUACAAGUUAGUUUCAGUCACAAUGGGAAAGAAAACCAUUGAAGGCACAAUGUGAAAACACUUGUAACCGUUUUAAAUAAAGACCAAUUAUUUUAAGA